AUGCCCGUCAACUGGGAUAUAAAAGACAAGGUCAUCGCUGUCACCGGCGCCGCCUCAGGGAUCGGUCUGGCAGUGGCGGAGCUCCUCGCAUCACAGGGCGUCCACGUCUCCAUGGCAGACCUCACGGAGAAAGCCCUGAAUGAAGCUGCGGACAGGUUGUCCUCAGCGGGUUACAGCGUCAUGGCGACCGUUGUGGACGUCCGCGAGGAGGACCAGGUGAACUCGUGGAUCGAGAAGACGGUGGCCAAGUUUGGCAAGCUCGACGGCGCCGUCAACAUGGCCGGCGUCGUGCCCAAGGUCAUCAACAUCGAGGACGUCGAGCACCACAACACUCCGGACUGGAAGUUCGUCCUCGAUGUGAACCUCACGGGCACCUUUCACUGCAUGCGAGCGCAGCUGGGCGUUAUGAAGGACCAGGGGAGUAUCGUCAAUGCGGCGUCCAUCGCGGGCGUAACCGGAUUCCCCAAGAACGCGGCUUACACGGCCUCCAAGACGGGUGUCAUUGGUCUCAGCCGUGCGGCCUGCAAAGAGGUCGGGCACAGGGAGAUCCGGAUCAACUGCGUGGCGCCUGGCAUUAUCGACACACCCAUGCAAGCGGCGGCGAAGGCAACCAGGGGCGGCGAGAUUACCUGGAAGCACCAGAUCCAGAGGCGGGGCACACCGCAGGAGGUAGCAAGCCUAGUUGCGUGGCUCCUAUGUGACGAGUCAAAGUUCAUCACUGGGGCCGUUCAUCACAUUGACGGAGGCUGGUGCUGUUGA